AUGGAGGGACUGACAGAAGAAGCCCCUCUUCCCUGCCCCAACCCACCUGCUGAGUUCUCUGUUUUCCUAGAAACUUGGGAAAAGCUUGGCAUCACCUGUAAGGAGACUGAAAGGCCAGAAAUAAUGGUGGAUGACCAGAGCGUAAGAAGGCCUCCAUUCUCCAUGCCACAGGACUUCCAAGUUCAGGUGAAGAUAUUUGGAGCCCACCAGCUCCACGGAAACAACAUUGCACCAGUGGUGAAGAUAUUAAUUGGAGAUAAAUUAUAUCGGACUCGUAUCAAGAAAGGAAUCAACCCCUUCUUCAAUGAGAAAUUCUUCCAUAAUUUCCACUAUCUCUCUCCCACAGCCAUCUUUGAAGAAAUCAUCUCAAUCCAAGUGGUGGACUCUCGUGCAAGAAGAUCCAAAUCAGAGAUUGGGGCAUGUCAGAUAGAUAUUGGGACCAUCUACCGCUCUCCAGGACAUACCAUCAUGAGGAAGUGGCUAGGCCUCUGUCAUUCCAGUAAACCCAACUUGGGGAUCAGGGGUUACCUGAAGGUCACCAUCUCUGUCCUCGGCAUUGGAGACCACGCUCCGGUGGAUCAUGGACAAUUGCAUGAGACUGGUCCAACAGAGAAGGAUCUCUUCAUCUCCGCCACAGUCCCCAUUCGAUUAGCUAACUUUGAGUUCCUUAUCUACUCAGCUGAAGACCUGCACCUCAAAACUGCUGUGACGUCCAGGCUCUUUGCCCACACUGUCAAGGAGAUAAAAAGCAUAAUGAAUCCAAUUCUGGAGUUGGAAAUAGCUGGACAAAUACUCAAAACUAAACCGAGGUUCCACACAGAGAAGCCCAAGUGGGACCAGAGUCUGAAAUUCUCUGUUCAGCUACCCUGUAUGACCAACCAUAUCAAGUUGAGGGUUCUUGACUGGAACAAAAGCAAACACAAUGAUGUGAUUGGGACAGCCAGUCUAAAUAUCACACAUAUCUCUUCCAUCGGAGCUUACUCUAGAGGAACAUUCUCAGGCUUCCUGCCCUGCUUCGGUCCUAGCUACCUCAUUCUUCAUGGGGGAGAGAAGGCAUUAUCCCAGAGCUUCCUUGAUGAAGAGCCUUUCCCUCUCCUCUCCUCAACUGAAGAAGGCUUAAUUUAUCGAGGCAGAGUCUUAAUGGAAUUAGUCUCUGGGAUACAAGAUACGAAAACAAGUACAGAAAAAGAGGUAUCUCAUUCCACCCCAAGGAUAUAUAAACAAUUAAAGGAACAUCAAAACAAAAAGGAUUAUGGACUGUGUGUCAUCUUCCUCUCCUCUACCAUGAUGCCUGCCUUUGAGGAUUUGGUUCACUUCGAGGUUACGAUUGGCCACUAUGGUAACAAAAUGGACCUGAAUUACAAGCCAUUGGCUUCUACCACUCGGUAUAGCCAAGCAGUAUUUGAUGGUACUUUAUACCACCAUAUGCCCUGGAAAGAUAACAAGCCAGUAGUGUCCUUGAUUUCUGCCUGGGAGGAUAUUAGCUACCGUUUGAGCUCCCUCAAUAUCCUGCGCAUAGCCUGGGACCGGCUGAAAAGCAACCUGGAGGCCCUGAAGUCAAUCCAGAACCCUAAGAACCCAGCUUUGCCUAGACUAUGGAAGAAACUGCUGGAGGAGCUACGGGAAGACUGCAGGAGGCCUCUGCCUAAAAUGAGUAAAGAAUCCACUUUUAUCACAAUCUUGGACAAGAAUUUAUUGAAACUUCGACACAAGGUCCUUUCAGAACUGGACUAUGAAGCCAAGAAGAGCACACAUGAGGUCAUGGAGAUGGUGCCCACAGCUGAGAACUGGUUGUAUCGGCUCAAUGGUGUGCUAGCAGAGCCUCAGUCGAGCAUCCCUGAUGUGGUGAUCUGGCUCCUGUGUAAAGGGCAGCGCAUUGCCUACGCUCGGGUACCCGUCCAUACCAUCCUGUUCUCCAAGUCUGGGCCCUUCUAUUGCGGCAAGUUCUGUGGGAAGGCACAGACCCUCUUCAUGCAGUAUGAGAACCAAGCUAUGUACAAGGGCAAGUGGGGACAACAAGGGCUGAAAAACUAUCCCAUCUUCUCUGAUGUCACUGCACAGCAGGCUCUCCCCAUGAAAGACUUCCAAGUGCCCCAAGGAUGGCGCUGGGAGGGGAACUGGUUUGUGGAACCCCAGAGAAGGUUACUUCUAGGCACAGAUAUCACUCAAAACCAAAUACUGGAGGAAGUAUAUGAAAACCAGACACGAGACCCUUGGAAGAGAUGGGCUCCAGCUGCAAUCCCAGACACCGAUAUGAUUGGACAGCCUGUGCCAGCCAAGGAGAACAUGGAGUGCCCCGAAGGGUGGUUCAUCAAGGAAAACUGGAAUGUGGAGUUAAAUCAGGCAGUGGAUGAUGAAGGCUGGGAGUAUGGUGUGGGGAUUCUACCUUCCGGUAUCCCCAAAGCCUGGACUGCUGUGGAGAAGACCUAUCAUUCCUGGCGGCGGCGCCGCUGGGUGAGACAGAGAUACCAAAAGACUGAAGAGCAGAGACAUGAACAGAAGCAGUCACCUGCCUUAUCUGAGGAAGAGGAAGGAUGGGAAUAUGGCUCGUUUGACUCCAAAUUUGACCUAAGUCCACAGCCAGACAGCAAGUUUCGUCAUCGCUGCUGGCACCGUAGGAUGGUACCCACUGAGGACACCAGUAUUUCUCCCAUCUUCUUCCUGGAGAAAUCCUUGGAAAAAGAGAUGUUGAAGGCAAAGGAAGAGAAGAAGGAAAAGGACGAUCCAAUGGCCCAAAUAAAUUUUUUAAUGGAGCAAGAAUUCAGCACUCCUUUCAUUUAUUGCAUCAUCCACAAACCACGGUACUACCAGCUCCUUUGUUAUAUCUACCAAGCCAGAAACCUGAUGUCUAAUGACAACCAGACCUUCUCAGAGUCUUCCAUUCAGGUGGUCUUCCUGCACUAUGGCCAGCGCACCCGGACACUGGAGACUUCCUUGGUCCCAACGUGGAACCAGACAUUGAUCUUUAACCACAUUCCACUCUAUGAAAAACCCCGAGAUAUAGAAGAAAACCCUCCCCUGGUGUGCCUAGAGCUAUGGCAGCAGAAUUCCUAUGGCAAGCAGAGCUUAUGCGGGAGGAGCAUGUGUUCACCAAUUGUCUAUUUAGAUCUCAAAAAUCGAGCCCUACCUCUGCUAAGCUGGCAUCCCAUCAACAAAAUGCCAGGGGAAGAAGAGGGAGAGAUUCUGGCUGCUUUUGAGCUGAUCCUUGAGACUGAGAUGGUCAGUAACCAGAGAUCUCCACUCAUGAGUAUCCCCUGGAAGAAUGGCUACUAUACCCUCCCUCAAAGCAUGCAGCCCUCCCUGAAGAAAACUGCCAUUGAGAUCCUGGCUUGGGGUCUACGAAACAUAAAAAAGGCAUACUCUCCCCGGCUCCUGAUAGAAUGUGGUGGGGAAACUCUAGAGACAGCUCGUAUUGAAGACUACUCCUCCAACCCCAACUUUCCCCAGGCUGCCCUCCUACUCACCCUGUUCCUGCCUCAAGAGGAAGCAUAUGCCCCACCCCUGGUGCUGAAGGUGGUAGACCAGCAAUACUUUGGCAUCCAGUUGUUGGUGGGCCAGGCCGUUGUCUCCUGCUUGCGUCCAUAUUUCUGUGACCCCUGGGCUAAAGACUAUGUAGCCCCACGCCUUCCUGGUAUGAAACUUUCUUCCUUUUCUCUAAUCUCCUUCUCUCCCCAUCAUUCCCCAUUUCCCCUAGCCUUCAAUCUCCUGAGGGGGGAAAGAGGCUAUAUUUUGGGGUAUGUACCCCUCCACCUCUUCCCAGCUGCCCUUUUCUCUACAGAAGAGUAUAUACAUGAAGUGGACUGGUGGAGCAAGAUGCUCUGGGCAUCAGGAGAGAGCAAGAAGUGGGACUACAAGGACUACUAUACUCUGAAGAUGUAUGACUGUGAGCUAGAAGCUGUACCAGACUUCCAAGGCCUGCAAGAUUUCUGCCAGACUUUCAACCUCUACAAUGAGAAGAAAACCGAAGAUAGUCCUAUUGUGGGGCAAUUCAAGGGCCUUUUCCGGAUCUAUCCACUUUCAGAGAAUCCCAAACAACCCAGCCCUCCACGCCAGUUUCAAAAUCUGUCUGAGAGACAGAGUGGCCCACAGCGGUGCUUUGUCCGAGUAUAUGUAGUACGGGCCCUCAACCUGCAACCUAAAGACAACAAUGGUUUGUGCGACCCUUAUGUGAUCCUGAAGUUGGGCAAGACAGUGCUGGGGAACCGGCACGAUUACAAGCCCAACACUGUGGACCCUAUCUUUGGCAUGAUGUUUGAACUGAAAUGCACCAUUCCUCUGGAGAAAGAUCUGAAAAUCACGCUUUUUGACUUCGACUUAAUUUCACCUGAUGAUAAGAUUGGGUCCACAGUCAUUGACCUAGAGAAUCGGCUCCUGUCCAGCUUUGGUGCUCGUUGUGGGCUUCCCAAGUCCUACUGUGUGUCAGGGCCCUUUCAGUGGAGGGACCAGCUAACCCCAAGUCACCUCUUGGAGCGCUAUGCCCACAGGAAAGGCCUGCCCCCACCUGAUUUCAGCAUUGAGGAUUCUAUCACAUUCAAUGGGAGGACCUUCAAAUUACUCAACUUUGAACAACAUACCCCUCCCAUUAAGCACUUAGGUCCUCCAAAAGAGCGCCUAGCACUGUACCUCUUGCAAGCACAAGGACAGGUACCUGAGCACGUGGAGACUCGAACUCUGUACUCUAGCACCCAGCCAGGCAUUGACCAGGGGAAGGUUCAGUUGUGGGUGGACAUCUUUCCCCUGCAUCUUGGGCCACCAGGGCCCCCAGUCAACAUUAAUCUCCGAAAGGCCAAAAGGUACGAAUUGCGCUGUAUCAUCUGGGAAACAAGAGAUGUGGACCUGCAGGACGUCAAUUUAACUGGAGAGAAGAUGAGUGAUAUCUACAUCAAAGGAUGGAUGCAUGAAAUGGAAAAAGACAUGCAAAAGACAGAUAUCCACUAUCGCUCACUUACUGGGAAUGGGAGUUUCAACUGGAGGUUCGUCUUCACUUUUAAAUAUAUACCCACAGAACAAAUCUGCAUCCUGAGCAAGAAGGAAUUCAUCUGGAGCCUGGACCGCACAGUGGAGAAGACCCCACCCCGACUUCUAAUCCAAGUUUGGGACAAUGAUAAAUUCCUUCCUGAUGACUUUUUAGGAAUCAUAGAGUUAGACCUGUGUGAAAUGCCAAUACCUGCCCGGAAACCCAGUAAAUGCACCCUCAGCAUGAUGGAAAACAAGCCUAAGUGGCCAUUUAAGUUCACCUACAAGCAUGUCUCCCUCUUCAGACAGAAAACUCUAGCUGGCUGGUGGCCAUGUCAGAUUCUGGAUAAUGGCAAAUGGCGUCUGUCGGGCAAAGUAAACAUGACCCUGGAAGUGCUGACAGAGGAGGAGGCUGAAGAUAAACCAGCUGGGAGAGGCCGCUCUGAACCCAACCAAUACCCUACACUUCAUGCACCGAUACGACCAGAAUCCUCAUUCCUGUGGUGGUUAUCACCUUCGCUCAGUAUCCGCUACAUCUGCUGGCAUCACUACCGAUGGAGAUUUUUUAUCCUCAUGAUAGUAACAAGCUUGUUUAUCAUGCUACUAAACUUUGUCUUUUCUAUUCCUUACUAUUUGGCCAUGAAGUUGUUCACACCUGAAAUUCGGAUAGCUGGGCCUUUGCCUGAAGCAGUCACAAGAACCAAGAGCACAACAACCACCACCCCCAGACAUAGUUCUACUCCGUUUCACAGUCCAUCUUCUACUCUGUUUCACAGUCCACAGACUGAAGCUGGCCAUAAAAACAGCACCAACUAUAUGGAUAUUUUUUUCUGAUCUCCUAGUCCUAUGAGGGCAAAUAUACUCCCCUGGAGGACUUUCACUUUUCCACAUCCCUUCUAUCAUCAACUCUUUCUUGCUUUCAUUAUUUUGAAGCCCUGAGGCUUCUAUGGUUAUUAAAAAAAAAAAAUCAAAUUCAAAAAGUUCUGCAUAAUCAGCCACUUUGGUCAAGAAAUAAAACUCCCCUAAGUAGGACAGAGCUAUGA